AAUCUUAUCGGAUACGGACGGAGACUCAACGUGCGAAUCCGGCGGCCACCAUGCACUCUUUUGCCUCGCCUCGGCUCGGCUCGGUUCAGAUCGGAUCGUUUGGUUUUGGUUUAGUCUAAAUAGAAUCUCAGCGAGAGCACGUCACCAUGGAUUUCGACCAGAUCUUGGAGAAGUGCGGCAGUGCGGGUCGCUAUCAGUACCUGAUGAUUCUGCUGCUCGGCUACAUAGCCUUCACGACCACCGUCCACUAUUACUCGCAAAACAUAAUUGGGUUUGUGCCCCAGCACUGGUGCUAUCAUGAGGCUCUGGCAAACCGUAGUUUCGAGGAGAUUGCCGCCGUGUACGCCCCGUUUGGCAAGGAGGCCUCCUGCACCCGACUGGACAAGAUCGAGGGUGACCGUUUGACGGUGAGCAAUGAGACCUGCCAGCGCUGGAUAUACAACUAUGACUUUGGCUUCAAGAGCAUGAACGCGGAGCUUAACUGGGUGUGCGAUGAUGCCUACAAGGCGCGAAUCGGACAAUCCCUGUUUUUCCUCGGCUCCCUGGUGGGAACCUUCACCUUCGGCAUGCUGGGCGACAAGGUCGGCAGGGUAAGGGCCGUCAUCCUGGCCAAUCAGUGCGGAUUCGUUGGCGACUUCCUCACCACCUACGCCGCCAACUUGGUGCAGUUCGCUAUUUUUCGGUGCAUUUCUGGUCUCGCUGCCACGGCAAAUUAUUAUCUGAUGUUUAUUCUGGUUCUGGAAUACUUGGCGCCCAAACUGAGGAACAUGGCCAUAAGUGGAACUCUUGGAAUAUGCUUUUGCCUGGGUGCUUUGGUGGCCCCCUGGCUUUCUGUGCUGGCCGGGAACUGGAGGAUCUACCUGACCUGUUCGGCGCUGCUCCAACUGGUCGUGGCUCUAUUUUAUUUUGUGGUGCAGGAGAGCGCCCAAUGGCUGAUCACUAGGACCAAUGUGGAGGGGGCCAUUGCCAGGCUGAAGCACAUCGCCCAUUUUAAUGGAAAGGAAGUGAAGGCUGCCGACUUCGAGGCCUUCCGAAGGAACUGCAUUGUUAAAAGGAAGAUGUCAAAUCAACCAGAGCAAACUGCUGGCAUUUUCGAUCUUAUGAAGACUCCAAAUCUACGCAAGAUAUCGUUGCUGGUGGUGAUUACAUUCAUGCUGACUUCGCUGAGUUUCAACACGAUUUCUCGAAAUGUGGAGGGCUUGGGUCUGUCACCCUUUGUGGUCUUCUCGCUGUUUGCAGUGGUUGUCCCUCCAUCCGGAUUCAUCCAGGGCCUCCUGCAAAGCAAAGUGGGUCGCAAGACCACUGCCUUUUUGGCCAUGCUCUGCACCGGACUGCUGUCCUGCGCCCUGGGAGUGGCCCUCUCCAUGGAUGGGGCCCAGGGCAACGUGACCCUGCUGCUGGCCUUCGCCCUGCCCAUGCGGUUGGGCAUCUCCAUGUGCUACACGGUCACCUCGCAGUUCGCCUCUGAGCUGCUGCCCACCUGUGUGCGCUCGCGGGGAAUCGCUGCAGUGCAUCUGGCCGCUGCGGGAGCCUCUUUUGUGUCGCCCUACCUCAUUCACCUGGGCACAAUGCUGCCGGCCGCUCCGUCUCUCAUCCUGGCCCUGCUCCUCUUGUCUGCGGCCGUUUGCACGCUCAUGCUGCCGGAAACGAAUAACAGGCAACUGCCCAUCACUUUGGCCGAUGGCGAGGCCUUUGGCAAGGGUGAGCCCAUGCUGUCAUUCGAUUGUUGGCAACGGAACGAUGACGAUGUGUCCAAGCAACCGGCCGAGGAACUUAAGCUGAACCAACUCAAUGGGCAAACACAAGUCGAAACGGAAGCGGAAGUGUAGCGAGAAUCCCAAUCAAAGUAUUUCCCCACAGACUGUUGUACCAAAACCCCCAUGGGUUUUAGAAAAAUAGGUGAACACGGUAGUUGCGAAUAGUGUCAAUAGAUGUGAAGUUUGCUUUAUUUUA